CCUCUGCCAGUCCAGCACCAACCGCGGGAGGAGCAACAUCUCACCGCCGUCGCUCCUCUCAACACGCGAUAGAACACGGAAGACUUCCCCAACACUAUUUAUUUUAAACAUAUAUAUCCUCACCCUCCCUCACCCGUUCUCUCCAUCCCUUACCCCUCCCUCCCCCCACUUCCCUUUUUGACCUCGUCCUCGAAAUCGAAAAAAAGGAAAUAUACCCGAAGAAUGAGAGGCAGAAGCGCCGUGCUCGCCCUCGGCCUCGUCCUCGCCCUCGUGACUUCUGCCGAAGGAGGAAGCGGCCUCGGCGAUGUCCACACUUCAGCAGCCACCGUCGCGAGGCUCGUCGAGGCUGAGGAGGAGGUCAUCCGCACCCUCCAGGACUACAUAGACAAGGAGGAGAGCAGACUGGCGGCGAUUCGAGGUUACAUCAACGACUGGCACAGAGGCAGCGCGGUCGACUACGUACACAAUCCUAUCAACAGUUACCAUUUCCUGCGGCGCGUGACACAAGAGUUCCCAGCUUUAAAAAACGCUCUUAGGGACACAGCAACGAGAGCCUUGCGCGCCAACCUGACCUCCCUGCGCAACGGCGUCGACGUCCCCGAAGAAGCCGACCUGAACGGAGCCGCGUGGGCGCUGGUCCGCCUUCAGGAUACCUACAACCUGUCCGUCAAUGACCUUGUGGAGGGCGAGAUCCUGGGCACGAAGGCCGUCAAGGAGCUCUCAGUGGACGACUGCUUCCGCCUGGGCCAACAGAGCUUCAACAACCUGGAGUUCAAGCUGAGCAAAGCCUGGUACGAGAAGGGGAUAGAGAUGCUUAGGGCUUCGCGUCCCAUCGACAGACAGACACAGAAGAGGAUUGAUAAGAUUACGAAGCAGCAGAAACACCGGGCUAUGCUGGCGGACAUCGUGACCAACAUGGCCCAGAACUCCAACGACAGGAUCCUGGACCAGUUCUCGGGCCUGGGGAUCCCGACGUCGUUCCAGAAGAAGAUCUACUCCGAGCACAAGGACUACGAGCAGGUUAAUAGGCUGGAUAACCUGUACCGACGACUCUGCCGCGGGAGCAGAUCCAGUUGUGUGCUAGCCCCCAGAAGCCUACAUCGGAAUGAAGUGCGGCUUCGUCCACGGCAACUCGGGAUACCACAGACUCAUGCCUUUCAAAGCCGAGCUGAAGUGGGCGGAUCCCAUCGUCGUUGUCUACCACGAGGUCAUGACGGAGGCGGAGACGGAGCUCAUGAAACGCAUCUCCCUGCCGCGCCUGGAGACCACGCAGGUGCACUCCUUCACGACCCACGAGGCCAAGAAGUCCAUCGCCAGGAUUGGGAAGACAGCGUGGUCCGGCGCGGCGACGACACCAACGUGGACAAGAUCUUCGCUCGCAUCGAGGACAUGACCGGACUCACCACCGAAACGGCAGAGGACCUACACGUGCUCAACUACGGCAUCGGAGGACACUACGACGCCCACGUGGAUUUCUUCGAUUUGCAGAGCAAAUCCAUAGAUAAGGAUCCACACCAAGGAGACCGACUCGCCACUAUGCUCUUCUAUCUUAACGACGUGGAGGCCGGCGGGUCAACGGUCUUUCCCACGUUGGGCGUCGAGGUUCCUGCUCGUAAAGGAUCGGCGCUUUUCUGGUUCAACAUCAAGCGGAACGGCGAGGGAGACUACCGCACCGUUCACGCCUCCUGCCCGGUCCUCUUGGGGGAAAAGUGGAUCGCUAACCUGUGGCUCCACGAGUGGGGUCAGGAAUUCCGAUGGCCUUGCACCAAGAACCCAGAAGACUGAUUUCUGCUUCGCCCUUCAUCGGCACAUUAAAAAUAUAUAGAACUGGCACUGCAUAUUCCAACAUGUCAACCUAAAACAGUGGAAGAAUGGGGGUCCUGGGAGGUUCCAGAAGCUCGAGUUUUUU